UGGAAGUUUACCCUGGGAAGAAAACCUUCCACGUCUGUACCACUUCCCCCAGGCCCACCAGGAGAUCCAAUUAUCGGCCAUGUUCGCAUGGUUCCAUCUUCCAGACCUGAACUAUCUUUUCAGAAAUGGGGGGAAGAAUACAACUCCGAUGUAAUUUAUCUGAACUUCAUGGGCCAGCCAGCUGUCAUCCUCAACAGCGCCAAAGCUGCUGUUGACUUGAUGGAUAAACGUAGCGCCAUCUACAGUGAUAGACCUGGCUUUCAUUUCUUCGAAGAAUCUGGAUGGAGAGACUCUGUUACUUUCUCGAAAGCAGCGAGCCCUACAUUUCGCAAGCACCGCAAGAUGUUUCAGAGCGCCUUCUCACCAACCAGCAUUAUCCAAUACCGCGACAAGCAAGAAAAUCUUGCCCGAGCACUAGUCAAACAGAUCAUCCAGAAUCCUACGCAGUGGAGGCACCUUCUUACAAGAUUUGCAAGCUCCCUUAUUCUAUCUAUUGCAUACGGGAUUCGAAUUACGGAAGACAAUGAUCCAUAUAUCGUUCUUGCGGACAAAAUCGCAUGGUACUUUGCCAAUGGAGGUUCUCCAGGCUCCACAUCCGUCGAUAUAGCGCCGAUUAUACGCCGCCUUCCAACCUGGGUGAGGAUAUUUCCCUCCUUGAAUUUCGCUAGAGACAGCUACCCCAUGGUUAGAGAGUUCGUCGAAUCACCUUUUGCUUCAGUCAAAACUCAGAUGGCAAGUGGGUUGGCCGGAUUCUCCUUUGUCCGCAGAAUGCUAGAAGAGAAGCAAUCUGCAGGGAUUGGUGACCAAAGUGGUAUCACUGAGGACGAUAUCAAGGGGGCAGCUGCAACUAUGUAUGCAGCUGGGGCAGAUACCACACUGAGCACGCUUGUCGUUUGGGUCCUGUGCAUGGUCCAGAAUCCAGAAGUGCAGGAGAAUGCUCGCCAAGAACUCGAUCGCGUGGUCGGUAGGGACCGUCUCCCAAAUCUAGCAGAUCGAGGUACAUUGCCGUGCAUUGAUAGGAUGGUCUACGAGACGGCUAGAUGGCACCCAGUCGUGCAACUUGGCGUCCCUCAUAAAUCCACCAAGGACGACGUUUACAAGAACAUGUUCAUACCAAAAGGAUCUUUAGUCAUGGCAAAUGCACAUGCAAUUACUCACGACCCAGCUGUAUAUUCUGAUCCCGACAAAUUCAAUCCAGAUCGAUACAUUCCCGCUUCAGAAGGAGGGGCUGGUGAGCCAUUACCUGUAGGCCACUUCGGAUUUGGACGACGAGUCUGUCCCGGUCAAUACCUUGGAACGGCGAGUGUUUGGAUAUCCAUUGCAACUUUGCUCGCAACACUCAAAAUCUCGAAGGCCAUCGACAACCAAGGAAAUGAGGUCAUCCCAACACCUGAGAUGACGACUGGAUUAGAAAGUCAUCCAGAGGAGUUUCCGUGUGUGAUUGAGCCACGUGAUGAGCAAGCUGUAAAGCUCAUUCGGACUCUUAAGUAGUGGGCAGCGGAGGGCAAGUGGGAGAGUUAACGAAGCAGGGAAAAGGCACCUCGCUAAGAAAAGGGGAAACGGUCACAUUCUCAAAGCUGCAGUCAUAAUUCACUUUUGCUCCUUAUAAUAUGUACUUUUGAUGCCUUUUCAGGUAAUACCAGACAAAUCAGUGAAUAUUCAGACAUUAGCAAAUCUCUACCCGUC